AUGACGUCCACUGCCUCCAUCGUCGACCCGCAGAGCAACUGCACCCCCUACGCCGAACUCUAUCGCGACGCGGAUGGGGUGCGCUGGAGCUUUAUGCUCAACCUGACGGACAUCUCCUACGGCACCUACGGCAACAACAAGUUCUACAUGGGACAGCUCAUUGUCGACCGCGGGCGGUUCGUGGUCUACCGCAAGUGGGGCCGCGUGGGCGCCAAGACUCCGCAGUCCAAGACGGAGUACUACAGCUUCUUGGAGGUGGCGCAGGAGUCCUUCGCUAAGACCUUCCAGUCCAAGAGCGGGAACGCGUGGCCGCUCACGAAGCCGUUCACGCGCAAGAAAGGCAAAUACUUCCUCGUCGAGCUGGACGAUGGCGAACCGGAACCAGCCGAUGCUGUUGCUGGUGAUGAGAAGGUGGAGAUGAAGGAGGAAGUGGCCUCCAAGCUCCCACAAGAGGUGCAGAAGAUCGUCCAGCUCAUCUGCGACCCGGAUGUGGUGAAGCGGGAAAUGGCGAGCUUGAACGUCGACUUGAAGCGCUUCCCACUCGGAAAACUGUCGAAGGCGCAGAUUUCGCAGGGCUACAACAUCCUGCAGCGCAUUUCAACAACUCUCGAAACACUCGAAGAGAUGGCGAAAGCUCCAGCAACGACGACGAAAGCCGGUGCCAAGGGGAGGCGAAAGGCCAAAGCCAAGGCAAAGGGGCCAGCAGCAGCCACCAUCAAAAGCGUGGCCAGCCACCGCAAGGACCUGCAGACGCUGUCAAGCGAGUUCUACUCGCUCAUCCCUCACGACUUCGGUCGUUCGUUGCCGCCGGUGAUCGGGACGAACGAAGAUCUCAAGGUGAAGCUCGACCUGCUGGAAGUGCUGUCGAACCUGGAGAUCUCGCAGGCGCUGCAGAAGAAGGAAGCUGAGAAGCCGAAGGGUCCGACCGUCCACCCGCUCGACCUUCAGUACGGCAUGCUGAACACGAACAUGGAGCCUAUGGACAAGAGCAGCAACGAGUACAAGCUCAUCGAGAAGUUCAUCGAAAAGACGGGCAGCGGGUGGAAGCUCAACAUCAACACGAUUCUCAAGAUUGGACGCCCCGAUGAAGAAGCCCACAAGGACGUCCUCGGAUCGCUCGACAACCACAAGUUGCUGUGGCACGGCUCCCGACUGUCAAACUUUGUUGGCAUUCUGUCACAAGGACUGCGUAUUGCCCCGGCCGAAGCUCCGUGCAAUGGUUACUACUUUGGCAAAGGGUUGUACUUUGCGGAUGUCUUGGCGAAGUCGGCGGCCUACUGCUGCGCGUCAAGUCGAAACCCAAUCGCGGUGCUUCUGCUUGCCGAUGUCGGAUUGGGGACGCCGUACAAGAUCGCGAACGGCGAGUUUCUAGACUACAAGAAGGUCAAGGACCAGUACGGAUGUGACAGCACGCACGGCCUCGGUCGAAUGGCGCCGGCAGAAGACGAGUUCGAGACAUUGCCAGACGGUGUGGUGGUUCCGGCAGGUACGCCGAAGCCUGUGAACGGCGGCGACCCGCACUUGCUCUACAACGAGUUCAUCGUGUACCGCCGCGAACAAGUCCAGUUGCGCUACCUCGUGGCUCUAGAUCUGCAUUACGUGGGCUUCGGCUGGUAG